AUGGAGGCACUCACCUUCAAUAUCAAUGGUGGCUUUGUGGAAGGCAUUGUCCGAGGAUAUAUGAACUCGAUGCUGACGGCUACCAACUUCCAGGCGCUUACACAGUGCGAGACACUGGAAGAUCUGCGCAUGCAACUUUCUGCCACUGAUUACGGCAACUUUCUUGCCAACGAACCGUCUCCUCUUGCGGUAUCGGCUAUUUCACAGCGAGCUACGCGGAAGCUUGUGAAUGAGUUUGAGUUCCUGCGUUCGAAUGCGACUGCACCGCUGAACAAGUUCCUCGACUACCUCACAUACUCGUAUAUGAUUGACAAUGUGAUCUUGCUGAUCACCGGAACACUUCAUGGGCGUGACACACACGAGCUCCUAGACCGCUGUCAUCCGCUUGGAUGGUUUGACACACUACCUGCCCUGUGUGUGGCUACCAAUGUUGAAGAGCUGUACCGCACGGUGCUAGUGGAGACGCCACUCUCGCCGUACUUCCGCGACUGUUUCUCAGCUUCCGAUCUCGACGAUCUCAACAUUGAAAUCAUCCGCAACAAGCUGUACAAGGCCUACCUUGAAGACUUCCACGCGUUCUGCCAGUCGAUUGGCGGUAGCACCGCUGAGAGUAUGGGUGAGCUGCUGGCCUACGAGGCUGACCGUCGCACUAUCAACAUCACUAUCAAUUCAUUUGGCACGCUACUAAGUAAAGCAGAACGUGCGCGCCUCUUUCCCAGCAUGGGGAAGCUAUUCCCCGCUGGCAAUACGGCUCUAGCCAAGGCCGACGAGCUAGAUCAAGUCCGGGCAAUUGUGGAGUCUGUACCCGAAUAUAAGCGUCUCUUUGACGACAAUGGCGCUACUUCGAUCGCUGACGGAGAUGCUAGCGUUGAAAUGCUCGAGGACAAAAUGUUCGAAUAUGAGGUCGAAUUGAACCGCCUUCUCACCAUGACCCAAUUCCAAUAUGGCAUCUUUUACUCUUGGUUGAAACUCAAGGAGCAGGAAAUUCGCUCCAUUUGCUGGAUUGCUGAAUGUAUUGCACAAAACGCUCGGGGUACGUGGUGA